CGUGUUGUUGUUCUUGCGGCGUUUCUCCUGCAGGAGGCAUCGGCAGCAAACUGAAAUGGUUGUUGUCGUGGCCUCUGCUCCUGCUGUUGUUCUUCACCAUCCCAAACUGCGCCAAGCCGCGCUGGGAGAAGUUCUUCAUGCUCUCCUUCAUCCUGUCCACUGUCUGGAUCGCUGUCUUCUCCUACGUGAUGGUCUGGAUGGUCACAAUCGUCGGCUACACUCUGGGAAUCCCGGACGUCAUCAUGGGCAUCACCUUCCUGGCUGCAGGGACGAGCGUUCCUGACUGUAUAGCCAGCCUCAUCGUGGCUCGACAAGGUUUGGGAGACAUGGCCGUCUCCAACACUAUAGGGAGUAACGUGUUUGACAUCCUGGUGGGUCUGGGGGUCCCCUGGGCCAUCCAGACCAUUUGUGUGAGCUACGGAUCAGCGGUUGCCAUCAACAGUCGGGGGCUGGUGUACUCGGUGGUUCUUCUCCUGGGCUCCGUGGCGCUCACGGUGCUCGGGAUCCACGUGAACAAGUGGCGGCUGGACUUCAAGCUGGGCGUGUACGUGCUGGUGUUGUACGCCGUCUUCCUCUGCUUCUCCAUCAUGAUCGAGUACAACGUCUUCACUUUCGUCAACCUGCCCAUGUGCAUAGAAGACUAGAGCUCAGCAGCAUGCCUUGAAAACCAAACUCAGCACUCCAUUCAGCCAAAUACUGGACCUCUCUGUGGUUUCUUUUUUUUUAGUCCCAGGAUUUUUCUUACAAAGUAGAAUUAUUGGACUA